CAGAAAUCAGUACGUAUAGUUCAACGAAUCCAUACAAUAAUUAAAAAAUGCGCUGAUUUCAUAAUUUUUUGAAAAUCAAGUAAUUGAAUGUAACGGCUCUAAAAAAAAACUUGGUCAUUAAAAAAUUGAACAUCAAAAGGACAGAUUUUCAAAUGUCCAAAGAUUACAUGUCCAAAAAUGAUGCCAGCAGCAUCGAAACUAAUGAGACGAAUAAGUCCUGCUGUGUUAAGAGUCAAGGAGAAGAAGCUCACAGACGAAGAAUUAUUAGAUCUCCAACAAGAACUGAAAACUAACGAUCAUAUUAUUCCUCUAGAAGAAUUAUACGAGAAAUUAAAUACCAAUCCCGUUACUGGCUUAACUGAAGAACAGGCAGAGAUGGUUUUAAUUAAAAUAGGACCAAACACUCUGACACCUCCAAAAGUAACUCCAGAAUAUAUCAAAUUUAUAAAAUGUUUGUUUCACGGAUUUGCUGCUUUGUUGUGGAUCUGUGCAUUAUUAUGCUUUCUCUUGUAUGGAAUUAGUAUGCUGACAGAAGGUACAGGUGGUGGCAUAGAAUGGUUGGGCGUAAUUAUUAGUGGAAUCUGUUUGUUCUCAGGCUUGUCAGCCUACAUACAAGAAUCAAAAAAUAUAAAGGUCAUGGAGUCUUUCAAAAAAAUGGUACCCACAUUUGCGACUGUGAUACGCGGAGGCAAAAAACUUCGAAUAGUGACCGAAAGAAUAGUGCCAGGUGAUUUAGUUUAUAUACAAAAUGGAGAUAAAGUACCAGCUGACGUCAGAAUCAUCGAAUGUCGUGGACUUAGGGUUGAGAACUCGAGCAUUACUGGCGAAAGUGAACCAGAAGCUCGAACAAACUACCCUACGGAUGAUAAUCCUCUGGAAAGCAGCAACGUUGCAUUCUUUUCCUCUUUUGCUGUUGACGGAGAAGGAAUGGGAAUAGUGUUGGCCACCGGCGAUCGAACGAUGAUCGGUCGACUCGCUGGUCUUACGUCGCAGAUUGAAAAAUCCGAAACACCGAUAGCAAGGGAAAUCAAUCACUUCGUUCUAAUAAUUACGAUCGUCGCUGUAAUAUGUGGAAUACUAUUUUUAGGAUUGUCACUAUUACUCGGUACCAGCGUAAUAAAAGCAUUCACUUAUUUACUCGGCAUUAUAAUAGCGAACAUACCAGAAGUUCUACUGGUAACAGUUACCACGAGUUUGACACUGACGGCGCAAAAGAUGGCAGCUAAGAAUUGUUUAGUAAAGAAUUUGGAAGGAGUAGAAACGUUAGGAUCAACGUCUACUAUUUGCUCGGACAAAACAGGAACUCUUACGCUAAACAAAAUGAACGUAUCCAAUUUAUGGUUCGGGCUCACGAGAUAUCAUUUCCCGCCUGGUGAGAGAUUAGGCGCCGAGAAGAAUAUACUGUUGGAAAAGCCAGAUUUUCAACCAAUGCUUAAAUGCGCGACCCUUUGCUUGCGCGCGGAAUUCACCAUGGAAUCUGUUUUGCUGAAACCAAUCGAUGAACGAGAUGUAAUUGGCGACGCUUCUGAAACAGGUAUUCUUAAAUUUUGCGAACACAUCCAUCACACGGACUCGUACCGAGAAGUAUAUCCCAAGGUUGCAGAGGUACCGUUCAGUUCUAUAACGAAGUAUCAGAUGUCUAUACACGUAGACGACGACGGAUAUAUCAUGAUUUUGAAAGGUGCGCCUGAAGUGAUUUUGGAGAAAUGUACUGAAAUAUUGACUGCAGACGGAGAAACUAGAGCGAUGACGGCAACAGAUCAUUCAUUGUCUCGGCGAGCUUGUUCAGAAUUGGGCUAUCUGGGAGAACGAGUACUGGCCUAUUGCGACCUUCAUCUGCCUAGCAACACUUAUCAUCCGAAUUAUAAAUUCAACACUGAAUCCCCGCAGACAUACAAUUUCCCUACGAAAGGUUAUAGAUUUGUUGGAUUGAUAAGUUUGAUAGAUCCACCGAGAGCCGCUGUGCCUGAAGCCGUGAAGAGAUGUCGCACAGCUGGUAUUAAAGUGAUUAUGGUAACGGGUGACCAUCCGGUAACUGCGUUGGCUGUAGCGAAGAAAGUCGGUAUAAUAAGCGAAGGGCACGAGACCAAAUACGAGAAAAGUGUACUGCAGAAUAAAUCUUACACCCAAAUAACCGAAGGCAAUGAUCACGCAAUUAUUAUAACCGGUGCAGAAUUGAGAAACAUGGAUUCCGAUGAAUUGGAUAUUACUAUAAAGAGUUACGAAGAGAUUGUCUUCGCGAGAACGUCACCGCAACAGAAAUUACUCAUAGUGGAAAGUUGCCAGAGACUGGGUGAAAUCGUUGCAGUGACCGGCGACGGAGUGAACGAUUCGCCAGCGUUAAGAAAAGCAGACAUCGGAGUAGCAAUGGGCAUCACUGGUUCUGACGUAGCGAAGAACGCGGCUGACAUGAUACUGAUGGAUGAUAACUUUGCAUCGAUCGUAACUGGGAUCGAAGAAGGUAGACUGAUUUUUGACAAUCUUAAAAAGUCUAUCGUCUAUACUUUGACGUCCAGCGUGCCGGAAAUGUUGCCCAUGUUAGCCAGCCUUUUAUUUGCAAUACCGUUGCCCUUUAUUCUUGAAAUGAUCCUUUGCGUAGACGUCGGGACAGAUUUACUUCCAGCAAUAGCGCUAGCAUACGAAAAACCAGAAUCUGAUAUCAUGCGACGUGCACCAAGAAAUCCGCGAUACGACAAACUUGUGAACAAACGUUUAAUAUCAGUAGCCUACGGCCAGAUAGGUAUGACUCAAUCGUUGGCCGCGUUUUAUACUUUUUUCUUGAUCCUUAUGUUCAAUGGAUUUUUACCUGAUCGUUUAUUAGGAUUAAGAUUAGAUUGGGAAAAUAAAUCGAUUAAUGAUCUGCAAGAUUCAUAUGGUCAAACUUGGUCCUACGAUACUAGAAUGGAUUUGUUGAACGAAGCUCGCACUGGAUAUUUCUUAACUAUCGUUAUAACUCAGCUCAUAGAUUUGGUAAUGUGUAAAACGAGAGUUAAUUCAAUUCUGCAGCAAGGGAUGGAUAAUUGGUUUUUAAAUUUUUCCUUCAUUUUUGAAAUUGUUUUAACUGGCAUUCUGUUGUACGUGCCUGGAACUGAGGAAAUAUUUAAAACCAUGCCAUUAAGUUCUUAUUGGUAUUGGCCCUGUGCGCCACUGGGUAUCUUUCUGUGGACAUACGACGAACUAAGAAGGCUACUUAUUCGUGCAUAUCCUGGUGGGAUUAUAGAACAGGAAACUUAUUACUAACAGUUAUUAAUAUUCAGAAUUUAUAAUUACGUUUAAUUUACAGCUAAAACUGUCUAAUUAUACUCAAUUAAUUAUUAAUAGUUGUAAGUAGAAAGCUAUAAGAUUUAGACCUUAAGCAUAAUAGAAUAAAAUAG